GGACCGAGUGAGGUUAGCAAGGCUGAGGUCUGAAGUUAAUGGGGCAGUGAGAGGUGCUUCGGGCUCCACUCGAGACGGCACCUCACUGGGCCACAUCUCGAUUCCCUUCCGGGUGCGGAGGCUGCCCGCGGGGAGACGUGGCAGGGGCGAGACGGGAGGUGCGGGGCGGGGGUGGCGAGCCGCCCGGUGGAGGACGCGCAGCGCGUGACCCUGCGGCGCGUCACGUGCGGCGUCGGCGGCCAUGGCGGGAAGCGAGCCCCGCAGCGGAGGCAGCGCCCCGCCGCCGCACCACAGCGACUGGAGCCGGCUGGAGGCCGCCAUCCUCAGCGGCUGGAGGAACUUCUGGCAGUCGGUGGGCAAGGAGAAGGCAGCGCCGAGGGCCUCCCAAGAGGAGGCGGACGAGGAGGCCAGUACCCUGACGCGGCUGCCGAUUGACGUACAGCUAUAUAUUUUGUCAUUUCUUUCACCUCAUGAUCUGUGUCAGUUGGGAAGUACCAGCCAUUAUUGGAAUGAAACUGUACGAGAUCCAAUUCUGUGGAGAUAUUUUCUGCUGCGGGAUCUUCCUUCUUGGUCUUCCGUUGACUGGAAGUCUCUUCCAGAUCUAGAAAUCUUAAAAAAGCCUAUAUCUGAGGUCACUGAUGGUGCAUUUUUUGACUACAUGGCAGUCUAUAAAAUGUGCUGUCCAUAUACAAGAAGAUCCUUGAAAUCUAGCCGUCCUAUGUAUGGAGCUGUCACGUCAUUUUUACACUCCUUGAUCAUUCAGAAUGAACCACGAUUUGCUAUGUUUGGACCAGGUUUGGAAGAACUGAAUACAUCUUUGGUGUUGAGCUUGAUGUCUUCUCAUGAGCUUUGCCCAACAGCUGGCUUGCCUCAGAGGCAGAUUGAUGGUAUUGGAUCAGGAGUCAGUUUUCAGUUGAGCAACCAACAUAAAUUCAACAUCCUGAUAUUAUAUUCCACUACCAGAAAGGAAAGAGAUAGAGCAAGAGAAGAACAUACAAGUGCUGUUAACAAGAUGUUCAGUCUACAGAAUGAAGGAGAUGAUCAGCAAGGAAGCCGGUAUAGUGUAAUUCCACAAAUUCAGAAGGUGUGUGAAGUUGUUGAUGGGUUCAUCUAUGUUGCAAACGCUGAAGCUCAUAAAAGACAUGAAUGGCAAGAUGAAUUUUCUCGUAUUAUGGCAAUGACAGAUCCAGCUUUUGGAUCUUCAGGAAGACCUAUGCUGGUUUUAUCUUGUAUUUCUCAAGCAGAUGUAAAAAGAAUGCCUUGUUUUUAUUUGGCUCAUGAGCUGCGUCUAAAUCUUCUGAACCACCCAUGGAUGGUCCAGGAUACAGAGGCUGAAACUCUAACUGGUUUUUUGAAUGGCAUUCAGUGGAUUCUUGAAGAAGUAGAGUCUAAGCAUGCAAGAUGAUCCUUCUUUUACACCUUGAGAACUGAAACCAUUUGAAACCUGUUACUGAGGUCAUGAUGUGGGUAUUUGCUCAGUCAGCUCAUUUUGUCCUGCCUUUUUGCAGGUGGGCUUUAUGUUGGAACAGCUGUAGCUGCUAUGUUUUUUACAUAAUUUUUACUUUUUACCUUAAAUCAAUUAUAAGAAAAAAACUUUCAGUGCUAGUAUUUAGCCUUAAAAUGAACCCUUUAAGAUUUUUUUGAUAACUUUUAUAUUUUUCUUUUUUAAAAUAUUAAAUUCUAGAAAAAACAAGUUUGUACCUCUGUCAUUCCUUGUGAUUUCUCUUUUCAGUUCAGAGAUUGCCCUGGUGGAAAAUACCAAAUUUGCCAAAUUUUCUGUAGGUUCUUUUCAAGGGUCCUUAACUGGUUAUCAGAAGUUUUUAUGUAUUCUUAAUAAAUAUAUUGCUUAUAGGCUGGAA